AUGGGUUCAUCUGGGUCUAAAGACUUUUGCGCCGAGAUUAUCGAUGUAAAACGGGCCAUAAAAAGCAAUAUAAGGGAACUAGAUCGGCAAAUUUUGGCGGCUGAAAGAAAUGCAAAUGAACUGGUGCGGCGUAUGAAGUAUAAGCACGCCAACAAUGAUAUCGAAGGGGCAAAGUCUCUUGCACAGGAAAUCCAAAACAACAGAAAAGUUAUGGCUAGCUUCAAAUCUACAAAAUCGCAAUGUACACUUCUACUGUCAAAGGUCAUAACUGCCCACUCCAUGAAUAAAUUGACGGACAGUGUCAAAAAAUCGUGUAUAUUAUUGAAAAGGGAUAACAUGAACUUGGAAGAAUUCCAGAAGAUUUUAAACACUCUUGAGAUGCACGAGACUCAGGAUAGUAUCAAACAGGAACUGAUAGAGGAAGCUCUUGUAGACACAAGUGGCAAUUUUGAAGAUAUAUUCAAGGAAUUCAACCUAUCAACAAAUAAAAAACCUGUUGAUGAAAUGGGUGAUUUUGAGCAAAGAGUUCUCAAUCUCAAUAGAUAA